AUGACUGAAACUUCAGAUUCACCAAUGAAAAUAAGAGGCCUUUAAUCAACAAUAAUUGCUUUGCUUGCAUCUUUGAUAUUUUACCUUUAUGUGUUCAGUAUUUUCGUUGUGAUUUAGUAUCUAAUCCCAGUUUAAGACUGUUUCGAUUACACAAUGAACCUGAUGAUAUUCAAAAACUUCAAAUUUGAGCUAUCAAUCUCAAUUCUAUUAGUGAACUUAAUAAUAUUUUUCAUUCAUGGAAUGACAUCUCUAAUGAUUGCUCAUGAUUAAUUUUGUGUGCUUGUAGAUGAAAUUUAAACAGAAUCUUUGACUUAACACGUUAAAAAGUUGAAUAGAGAUUCUGAUUCCAGCUAUAUCAAAGAUCUACUUUUGAAUAGAGGCCAAUAAUCUCCAUAAUUUGAUGAAAAUAGAGCACGUGAGUUUUAAAGAAAAAAUUUACUGUCUCUUGUUAGCGUCGGAACUAAGCGUUAUUGGAUGACAUAUAUUGGCAUAACAAGUGAGAAGAGAUAGAAGCUUACAGUUAUCUUGUUUUUAAUAAAUUUGAUUGUCAUAGUAACUUAGGUUGAAGUUUAAAUUUUGAUAAAUAUAUUGGGAUCUACUCUCACACCUAUGAUUAUAUAUGUUAUUCCAGGGUAUUUGUAUUACAUUGAGAAAAAAAAUUAGCUUAUUUAUGGUUCGUAAACGAAACUAUGUAAUGGAGGUAGAAUAGCUUAUCUAUUUUCAUUAUUUGGGGUCUUCUUGAUAUUAAUCUAUUGCACUUGUAUCCUUUAUAAUUUCUACGAAGGUCGUUAAGAUUGA